CACACACAGCUUCGGGACAAGAUCUCACUAUCUGCUGAUCGUAGUUGUCUUGUCAUUUGGGAGGCACGCUAUGAACGUGUGUGUUUUUCUUUUUCUCAACCAAAAAAGAAGAGGGUUUCUGGUACACAGUGGCCCCCCCACACACACACACAUGGGAGGACCCAUAAGGACCCAUAAGGAAAAAAACACAUAGAGUUGGGGGUGGUCCCGUUUCUGAACAAAAAACGACUUGGACCAUACUGUUUAAUGGGGUAUUCCACUAUCUAGGAUUUAGUAAUGGUGGCGAUGAUGGGGGUGACGGGGGGACGUGGGUGCAAAAAAGUUUGGCAGUGGUGGGUUAUUUGAUCUGUGGACUUUCUGGACUCGACUGACAGACGGCGCUUUUUAACCUUUUUGCAAGUAUAUGUGUGUGUGUGUGUGGAUGUGGGUUAGCGAUUUUUUGUGCGCUUGCCACCAGAGGCAUGAUAAAGAUGGGGGGCAGCGAAACGCUCAUAUAAAAGAGUUGCAGUACGUUCGACCCUCUCUCUCUUUCGUACUCAAAAUCUAGUUCAUACCUCAACUCUCCAAACACACACAUACACACAAGUUUUUGUUCGUUUAAAGCGCAGACCCCCCACUCUCUCGUUCACUCGCUCGCCGCCAAGUUACUCUUACAAGUUGUUUGUCACUUUUACAUAUUCUUUUUGAUGGACCAAUCUGUUUGCUUCCUCCCACCCAUCCAAGUUUCCAAGAGCUACGACUGGCUAAUGGACACCCAACCCAACACCCAACCCAACACACAUCCCACUCACAAAAUGAACGAACCGCUAUCACCCCCCGAUGACCAACCACCCUCGUAUCGCCAAAUAAAGAGUCCCACAUUCAUGGCACCCCCACGGACCUCCUCCAUUAAAUCCCAACCGCAACGAGGUCUUCAUCCCGUCGUGAUCCCUCAACCUUCCCCCCUGACGCGCAUCAUGAUGCCCUCACCUCCCGUGUCCCCACGUACCCCAACCUUUUCACCAGGACAACGGACCUCGGCAUCGUCAUUUGGUUCUACGUCCACAUCUACUUCGUCGGCCUCUACAUUGUCUACCUCUACUUCGUCGUCUGGAUCUUCCACAUAUAAACCUGAUCGUCAGGUAUUCAUGAAACAGUGGAUGCGGAUACUGGAUGAUGCCGAAAGAAUGGUGGUGAGAGGCGAGAUGGAAAAGGAUCGGGGCAGGAAUCUGUAGAUGGAUUAUGUUUUUUUUUUUUUGUAUAUACUGUAGAUAUACCUUUUGGAUGGGGAAACUUGUUGUUUUCCUCUAUUUCUCUUUGUAAUAUUUCUGGGAUAUUAUGUUGCUUAAUAUCUGGGAUAAAUGAGAUGUAUUUUUCGAUAUAAACACGCCGUGAAUAUCGUUUUGAGA